AUGGAAGCAAUUGUUGGCAACAGUCCAAAUAGUACUUGGCAUGCUUUGGAUUACUUCUUCAAAGUAAUACCUUCUUUCCGAGAGCCUGAUAGAUUCAUCUACGUUCAUGCAGCCAGAAUGGGUGAUGGUAAAUUCAGUCUUCAUAAAUUUGAUAAAUUAGAAGGAAAUUAUCAAAAUAUUGCUCCUGAUGUGAUGUAUUUCACACUUGUUGCUCACAUAACAGAUGACAACUCUGUCCAUGAUGUGCUUUAUUAUGCUACCGAUUCUACAUGUACUUUUUACAAGUAUAACGAAACAAACAACUCAACCACAAAAAUUGCUGGUAAUGGAGUUUGUGAUACAAAUUGCAAUGCACGUGAAAAGCAAUAUAAUGAGAGUCUUUGCAGGGGUUAUUUAAUGUCUUAUCCACAUAAAUUCAAUAAUGAGAGUGAAUUGUCCUUCUACUUAUAUGGUGGACAAGAAAUUUAUCGAUUGAAGAAUAAUUUGGUACAGAUUGUGGCAGGUCAUGGAAAAUCAACUUCCUUAGAAGAUCAACCAGCAACAAAUGUUACAUUGGGUAUAUCUGGAACUUGUACCAACUCACUUGGAGAGAUUUAUAUACUACAAAAUUAUCGAGAAGGAACAGGAUAUUAUAUUAGAAAGAUUUAUCCAAAUGGUAUAAUUACUACUGUCCUUUCGUUGAUGGGAAAUUAUGCAUAUUCUGGUACUUGUUUGUUUGAUAGUACUGUUUACGAGGUGGAAAAUAAGAAAAUGGUGUUGGAUAGGUUAUAUAUUUACGAACAUCCAGCAUCUACUGUAACAAAGUUUGAGCUUACUUUCGAAUAUCCAAACACUGGAAAGCCAACAUUGCUUAAUUAUUCACAAACUACUCUAAUUGGAAAAUAUAACUCUUUUGUACAAGCUGGAGAUGGUGGCAAAGCAAUCGAUGGCAGAAUUAGUACUGUAAAUGUCGACGCUUUUGAUGGAUUUGUUGCACUUUCUGCUCUGGGUAAUGUUAGAUUUAUUGACAAUCAAACUGGAAUAAUAUCAGAGGUACUUUCGGCAAAAGGACAUGGAUUUUACACAGCAAUUAAUAAUUUCAAAUUCAUACCAAAGGAUAUUAUUUACUCUUACAAUGAGGGAAAUCCAGAAAUUCACAUAGCUGACCAUGUCUCAUCUUCAAUUUUGAAAUAUUCUUUGAAGAGCAAGAGUAUGGAGCCAAUGAAAAAGUAUUUUAUUAGCGAUUUGAAUAAUGCCCCAUCUACAGCAAAACCCUACUCUAUGGCAUUGGAUUCCUAUUCUAAUUUACUUGUUUCUAAUGAUUUAAGCUAUUGGAGCCCCAACUUUUUAGUUAAUAUAACCAAACUUGGACCAAAGGUGAUAUUUGGACAAAACAAAAAAAUUGAUGAUUCUAUUAGUUUGGAUUCCUCAAUAUUGGGUAGGCCCUAUUCCAGUUUUUUCAUUAUGUACAAUCAGGCGUACUAUAGCAUAGUUUCAGACAGAGGCAACAAUAGACUCUUGCUUAUUGACUUUGAUGGAAGGAAUAUUACAACAAUAGCUAGUAUGAAAGAUGGUAUCAAUGGACCAACUGGUAUUUGCUAUCUGAGCGAUAGAAGUAUGGUGAUAUUUUCAGAUACUGGUAAUCACGUCUUGAGAUAUUACAAUAUUAGGACACGUGAAUUGGGAAUAUUUGCUGGAAGAUUAGGAAAGAAAGGAUUUACUGAAGGUUCUUUGCUCAACGCAACAUUCAAUCAACCUGUUGGAUUAUCUUGCACUUUAGAUAAAAUUCUUGUGGCUGAUUCUCAUAAUCAUGCAAUCAGAUUAAUCAAUAUAUAUGCAAGCACUGUGGAAACUAUUGCAGGAACUGGAGAGGAAGGUUUUAAUGGAGAUUUCUUGGUACCUUUGAGUACUACAUUCAAUAAUCCAAUGGGAGUUUGCUUCCAAGAGCGUAAUAUUAUAGUUGCUGACACGAAUAAUCAUAGAGUUAGAGUUAUUGAUGUAAACAACAGAUAUGUUUCCACAAUCGCAGGAUCUUUUUUGGAUGGAGAUAGUGGAGAUGAAGGAUUGGCCUCAAAAAGUUUACUCAAUUCACCUCAUGAUGUUCAAUAUGAAGAUAAUGUAGUUUAUAUUGCUGGGAGAAGUGGUAAUUCUGGAUUUGAGGGAGAUGGAGGUCCUGGUUUAACAGCAAAGCUCAAUUUCCCAACAGGAUUGAGUCUUUCUACGAAAUAUAUUGUAAUUUCUGAUUCAAAGAAUAAUAGACUUAGAUUUUAUUUAAAAGAAGAAAAAACUAUUUAUACAUUAGCGGGUGGUUUUGGAGAUAAUGGGCCAUCUGAGAAUGGUAUUGGAACACCGUUCGGAGUUACAAUCUCUCCAAACAAUGAAAUUUAUGUCUCAGAUGUGUUGAAUAAUUUAAUUAGACGAAUUAAGAAUGGAAAAAUUACAACAGUAGCAGGUUCUGGAGCAUAUGGAUAUAAUGGCGAUGAUAUUAGUGCAUUGAAAGCUUCUUUGGCAUCACCUUCGAACAUUGUUGUCAAUCCUCUAACAAAUGACAUUAUAUUUUCAGAUACAAACAAUCAUAGAAUUCGAAUAAUUUACAGUGACGGAAAUAUAUCUACAUUGGCUGGAACUGGACAAGCAGGUUAUAAUGGUGAUGGAGUGGCUUCAGCUACUCACCUCCACUCACCUUCUUUUAUCAAAUUCAUUCCACCACAAUUCGAAGUGAUAGUUUUUUCUGAUUCUGCAAAUGGAAGAAUACGAAAGAUUAGCAAGGUGAAUAAUAUUUAUAUGGUAUCGACAAUUGCAGGACCUCCUGACUUGAUUGGAGUACCUGAGGGAUUAUCAAUUUCAAACGAAGGAGAUGUAUAUUUUGCAGAUUCAAAGAAUUUAAGAAUUUCAAAACUAAUUCCAACCUGUCAACCAGGAUAUGUACUCAAUUUGGAAAAAACAAAGUGUAUUCCUAUUUGCUAUGAUAUUUCGGCCCUUGAUCCUUCCUCUUGCUCCAGUCAUGGAAGUUGCAUCGAUAGAAACAAUUGCCAAUGCAUGAAUGGAUAUACUGGAAAUUCCUGUCAAUAUUCAAUCUGUCAUGGAAUUUCUGGACAAAAUAUUAGUGUUUGCUCAUAUUCGGGAACUUGUGUAUCUCCAAAUAAGUGUGAAUGUGUUUCAGGCUAUGCUGGAGAUCAGUGUGAAUUACCUACUUGUUUUGGAAAAACUGGAAGAGAGGGUUGUAAUAAUCGUGGAAAGUGCCAUGCUAGAAAUUUUUGCAUUUGUGAAAAUGGUUAUGCAGGAACAACGUGUGAAACAAAUGUAAUAUUGAUUGGCUCUCUAGUUGCGGUCUUUGCUGUUGCAUUGAUUAUUAUUGGCAUUGUGGUGUUAAUUUUAAUAUUUGUCUUUUCCAAAUAUAGGAAACAGAAGAAGAUUAUUGAUACCGAUCUUACACUGGAUGAGAGAUUGUUAUCACAAACUGAAUUGGAAAUUAGCAAUACAAGUUCUAAUCGUACAUAUCAUCAAGAAGAAGACAAGUUUAUCAUUCCAAUUGAACAAUUGAAUAUGGAUAAACCAAUUAAAAGACUUGGAGAAGGAGGAAUGGGAAGCGUAUUCAUGACCAAAUAUAAUGGAAUGAAGAUUGCUGUCAAAGUAUUUGAUUUGAACAAUUUUAACAUUUCCGAAGAUGAUUUCAAGAUUGAAGCAAUUUUAUUAAGCAAGCUUAGACAUCCAAACAUUAUCAACUUCUAUGGCAUAUCGUCUACACCUACAAAGAGAUUCAUAGCAAUGGAGUGUAUGGACAAGAGCUUGGAGUCCAUGAUUAGUUCACUGCAAAAAGGUACCUCUACAUGUUCUCUUAAAAUGAAACUAUCCAUUAUUCUAAAUGUAGUGAGUGGUAUCAAUUAUUUACAUCAUUUGGAGCCUAAUUUUAUUAUUCAUAGAGAUUUAAAACCAGCAAAUAUUCUCUUGGAUAAAAAUGGAAUUGCAAAAUUGUGUGACUUUGGAUUGGGAAGGGCAUUAUCUUCCAAUACAGUAUCAGCAAUCACUAGUAAGGUUGGAACAUAUAAUUAUAUGUCGCCAGAACUUUUCUCAGAUGAUAUAGAAAGAGGAGAUGCUCGAUCAAUUGAUAUUUACAGUUUAGCCAUCAUUCUAUGGCAACUCGUAUUCGAAAUUAUGGAACCAUAUCAAAGCUCGGAUACAAAAGUUCUUCAAAAAUUGAAUUUGGAAAAACCAAAAACCUUUAACAGCACUUAUCAUUUCCACAAAAGUAUCUGUGAAGAGAAAUUGAGACCAAUUAUUCCAUUUUCCACAUUGGAGGAAUGUCGUGAGUGGUGUGAAAAAUUCCUAGACCAAGAACAAGCCAAGUACUAUGAGGUAAUUUAUGAGAUGAGUCAAUUGAUUGAACAAUCGUGGAGUCAUGAGCCAAGUAAGAGACCAACAAGUGUUCAGAUUUUGGAAAAGAUUGAGGAAUGGGAUGAACGAGUUUUGUAA